CACAGCGGGGAGGGGCUGUCUGGCCUCGUUACUCUAUGGUGUGGGAGGACUAGGAGCUUUCCAGUCCUUCAGACCCCGUGACCCCGGACAUGGCGCUGCUCAUGGUGCUCAAUGUUCCCCGCAGGAGACCGGGGUUACUGUGGCAGCUCAGGAGGCCUCUCAGCUGCUACUAUCAAGGAGAACGGAGGUGGAAGUCCAGCAGUUCCCGGGCAAAGGGGGAGCAGAGCCAGGUGCUGCACACACUUCCAAGGCAGACCGUUUGCCGCAUUUGGGGGAGAGACAAUUCAAGACACUUGUUAGAGGCUGCAAAGGUACUAUCGGGAUGGCCUUCUACCCAUAUAAGAUCAUGCUGGCAUGGGACUGCAGGAGGUGGACUUCACACAGAUCCCAAAGAAGGGCUGAAGGAGGUGGAUUCAAGGAAAAUCUUAAAAGCUAUGUUUUCUUAUGUGUGGCCCAAAGACCGGCCUGAUUUACGAGCAAGAGUUGCUAUAUCCCUUGGGCUUUUAGCUGGUGCAAAGGGUAUGAAUAUUAUGGUGCCGUUCAUGUUUAAAUAUGCAGUUGACAAUUUGAAUGAGGUAUCUGGGAACAUACUGAAUCUAGCAGAUGCACCAAAUACUGUGGCAACUAUAGCAACAUCUGUUUUGAUUGGAUAUGGUGUGGCUAGAGCCAGCUCUGCUCUUUUUAAUGAACUGAGAAAUGCCGUGUUUGGAAAGGUGGCACAGAGUUCCAUCAGGAGGAUUGCAAAAAAUGUAUUUUUACAUCUGCAUAAUCUGGACCUUGGUUUCCACCUGAGCAGACAGACGGGAGCUCUCUCUAAAGCCAUCGAUCGGGGUACAAGAGGCAUCAGCUUUGUGCUCAGUGCCCUGGUGUUUAAUCUGGGGCCCACAAUGUUUGAGGUUUUCCUUGUUAGCAGCAUAUUGUAUUACAAAUGUGGAGUCCAAUUUGCAGUUGCAACUUUAGGAACGCUUGGAGCUUAUACAGCAUUCACCAUUGGAGUCACACAGUGGAGGACGAAGUUCAGAAUAGAAAUGAACAAGGCUGAUAAUGAAGCUGGAAAUGCUGCUAUAGAUUCACUUCUAAAUUAUGAAACUGUUAAGUACUUUAACAAUGAGAAAUAUGAAGCGGAGAGGUAUGAUGGCUAUUUGAAAAUAUAUGAAAAUUCUUCUCUGAAGACUACCUCAACACUUGCCAUGCUGAACUUUGGACAAAGUGCAAUAUUUAGUGUGGGCCUCACAGCUAUCAUGGUGCUUGCAAGCAAAGGAAUCCUUGCAGGAAACCUAACUAUCGGGGAUCUGGUUAUGGUAAACGGGCUGCUGUUCCAGCUUUCCAUGCCCUUGAACUUCUUGGGAACAGUCUACAGAGAGACAAGACAAGCUCUAAUUGAUAUGAACACACUUUUCACUCUUCUGAGUAUAGACACAAAAAUUAAGAAUAAAGAUUUGGCUCCCUCAAUAGUGGUCACUCCUCAGACUGCAAAUAUUACCUUUGAUGAUGUCUACUUUGAAUAUUUGGAGGGACAGAAAGUCCUAAAUGGUGUGUCUUUUGAAGUUCCUGCUGGAAAGAAAAUAGCAAUUGUUGGUGGCAGUGGCUCAGGCAAGAGCACCCUGAUCCGACUUUUGUUCCGGUUUUAUGAGCCUCAGAAGGGAAACAUAUAUGUGGCUGGUCAGAACAUUCAGGAUGUCAGUCUGGAGAGUCUGAGAAAAGCCAUUGGCGUUGUUCCUCAGGAUGCUGUACUUUUCCAUAACACACUUUAUUAUAACCUGAUGUAUGGAAAUAUCAAUGCCUCACCUGAAGAAGUGUAUCAAGUAGCCAAGUUGGCAGGAUUACACGAUGCCAUUCUCCGGAUGCCUCAUGGUUACAAUACUCAAGUAGGGGAACGAGGGCUCAAGCUAUCAGGUGGAGAAAAGCAGCGAGUGGCAAUUGCCAGAGCAAUGUUGAAGAACCCACCAAUUAUUUUGUAUGAUGAAGCCACUUCUUCCUUGGACUCCAUUACUGAGGAGAAUAUUCUCGGCUCGAUGCGUGAUAUGAUAAGACACAGGACCUCUGUGUUCAUCGCUCACAGGUUGUCCACCAUUGUUGAUGCAGAUGAAAUUGUAGUGCUGGAAAAGGGUAAAGUGGCAGAGAGAGGGACACAUUUUGGACUUUUGGCAAACCCUAGUAGCCUUUAUUCUGAACUGUGGCACACACAGAGUAACAGGGUCUUAAACAGUCAGAGCAAUCAGAAGUCUGCGAAAAGUAGCCAAGAAAUGUCCAAAGAGGAGGAACGAAAGAAGCUGCAGGAGGAGAUAAUUAACAGCGUUAAAGGAUGUGGCAACUGUUCCUGCUGAUGAAAUGGACAGCCUAAACUGGAAACGGAGCUUCAUCUGCCCUCAAUAUUAUUUCCCCCCUCAUCUCUUCACUUUUAGGAACAAAUCUUUUUUUUUUUUUCCCCUUUUUUUCUUCUUCCCAUAAUUUUUUUUUUAUUUGUGUGUAAAUAUAUAUCUGCCUGAUUUCUUCAUAGUGUAACAAAUUCUUCCUGAAAUAUUUGAAAUAUAUUUUCUUACAAAGAUUGUCUCCAGUAGUGACAUUGGGCAAAACCUUGCUGAUUUUACAAUUGUUAUUUUCUCCAUCACUAUUGUCAGUUUCUCUACAACUGGUCCAGCAAUUUAACGUCUGAAAAAUGGUUGCUAAUGUACAGUGAUUAGCUUUGAUAAUAGUAAAGAGGUUUUAUAAAAUACUUUAACUGAUACUUUUAUUGUUUGGUUUGUUGACUGUGUGCUGCUCACAGACUUUUUUAGGAAAUUUAAUAAAAUUAGAAUCAUGUUUUCUAGGGCAGCGCGUUGGCUAGUUAUUUAUUUCGUUUAGAUCCCACUAAGAACACUGUAUGGUAUUUGCAUGCACUUCCUAUAUUUGCAUGCGUUUCAUUCGAGUAAUCCAGUUCCUUACAACUUAAUAAACAUAUAGCAUCAGAUUUAUUGACAUGAGAUCAGUUUUGCCCUAGAGCAUAAUCAUCUGUGGUAGGGUCAGUUGCCAAUAAGCCCCCUCAGGGAUAGGAAAGAAGGUAAAUAUUUACGACUACUCUGUAAAAGUUUACAAGUCAUUAUAAAUAGACAUUUUCAAAACCAUUUCCCUCAAACGAUUUCAUGAUCAGUUUAAUAUAGCUGGAUUCAAAGCACCUAUUAUAUUUAUUUUUUAGGUCUGGUUACAAAUAUACUUGAAGCAUAUCAGUUAUUUGCAUAAGAAUGUACCCUCUACCUCUUGGUCUUUUCCACAUUUGUAUUUUUACAAGAUGGAACUAAAACAAUUUUAACUGGGAUUUUUACUAUUUGAUUUACACAACAUUUCUAAAACUUUGAAGGUGUGAAUGCUGUUUGGCUUGAUGCCAAAUUAAAUUCACAUAUAAAGAUAUGCAGUCAGAGAGAAUUGGCACAAGUAGCCUCCAUUUUCACAGUCUAUUCUUCACUUUCUUGCUACAGUUGCACAUGGUAUCUAAAUAGUCAUAUCCGAAAGGCUGCAGAGUUAAGUCAGCCAUACAUGGAUCAAAACUUGUCCGGUCCCUGCUAAAACGGUCAAAUUUCAAUCAAUAUAUGGGCACCAAUUGACUUGUGUACAAUCAGCCUGUCCGGUUUUUCCUGAAAAAUUGGUGCCGCCAGCUAUAGCUGGCAAUACUAAUCAUUGUAUUCUGCCGGCAGGGAAGGCUCCAACUUGUAAAGAGCGUAAAAGACAAGACUUUCAUUAGGCUUUAAUGGUUUAAAAAGAAAAUAGAUUUCUACUAAUCUUGCCUAUUCUUCUUUGAAAUACUGUAUUACUCUGUAUCUGUGAGUUUUGAUGGGGGCUGUUGGUGGAAAGGAAUAAUUAGAGCUUGACACAGAUUCUGAAUUGGACUGAGGUCUAUGGUAUUUCCUACUGGAAGGUGAACCUCCACCCCAGUCUUGUGGUUUUCUCCAAAAUUGGCCUUUAAGUGGCUUGAACCUUCUUGCCUUCAAUCGUAGAUGAAAGCAUCCUCACGACAACAUGCCACCAUGGCCUCCUCUAGGCAGAUUUGUGGCUGUGCCAUAUUUUUACAUUUUUUUUAACGAUGGGUUUAAUGGUGCUUCUUGGGGUGUUCAGUAUUUGGGAUUUUUUUUACAGUAUACAACCAGUUAGUGAAUCUCCAGAGCUUUAUUCUGUCUAUAUGUUGGCGCUUGUUAAGAUAUUUUCUCCAGCAAGCUAUAGAAAAAAUGUUUACUUGGUUUCAUUUGCACACACAUGAACUCUCUUUAGCAAAUGACAUGACUUCUAUAGGUUCAUAGCUUGGGUAAAAUGUUUUUUUAUCCCUUUUAAUAUAUUUUGUAGAUUAGUCACAAAAACGCAAUAAAUCUCUUUUCUAGCCCGUAACACUGUGUGGGCAAAGUAAUGGAAGAAACAAAUUGGUCACUCUACUCUAAUCAGGAUUCUAUAAUAUCAAUAUUAGAACUGGCCAUUUAUCAUAUACAACAUUUAUAUGUGUUUCCAUGUUUGUAGUGGGAAAUGUAAGGCCUUCUUGUACAGUUGUGCCCAGGUUUUCAUACCCCCUGGCAAAAUUUGUAAGAUGUGGAUAAUUUUUUUUAAAAAAAAACAUGAGUGUUCAGAUCAAA